UAGCUCCAAGUUAAGCAGUUGCGAAGAAACUUCGUCGUCUGUUAUGGAAUACAUCUUCAGUGAAAAAUGUUACUUGAAAUAUUAACGUUUACGUCAAAGUUACCAAAUUUUUCCAAAUGCUUCCGAAUAACGUGGCUGAAUGGUAGACCGGCACACAAUACGAGAGCAUUAGUGAGAUCAUUCACAACCACUCAUUGUUGUAAUAGUAAUCAACAUCGGUAUCAGGGCGGAGUGAGAAACAAAUCUACUGUUUAUUAUGUAAUUGCCCUUGGAGUUCUCGUCGGUGGUCUGAGUUAUGCGGCAGUUCCUCUUUAUCGAUUAUUUUGUCAGUCCUACAGCUAUGGUGGAACAACGUCUGCUAACCACAAUGCUGAAGGCUUGGCGAAUAUUGUACCUAAUUCCAAAAGGAUUUUAAAGAUUAGGUUUAAUGCUGACACUUCAUCAAGCCUGACAUGGGAUUUCAAACCACAGCAGACUGAAAUCAAAGUUGCCCUUGGAGAAACUGCUUUGGCUUUCUAUACUGCAACAAAUAGAACUAAUAGACCCAUUGAUGGAGUUAGCACAUAUAAUGUUGUACCUUUUGAAGCUGGACAGUACUUCAACAAGAUUCAAUGUUUCUGCUUUGAAGAGCAGCGUCUCAACCCCAACGAACAGGUGGAUAUGCCGGUUUUCUUUUACAUCGACCCUGAUUUCGGUGAAGACCCGCGCAUGGAAAACAUUGAAUCGAUCACACUGUCGUACACUUUCUUUGAGGCAAAAGAAGGUGCCGCGCUGGUUAAACCUCCCUAUGCUAAAUGAAAUUUGUACAUGGUGUACAGUGAUUGUCGGAGUUUACUAAUUUGAUUAUAGAAACCAUCAGACGGU